AUGCUCUUUGGGGAUGGCCUCCCGCACUUCGUCCGGCAGCCGGAGAGGCUGAACGUGAGCAGGGGCCGCCCGUUCAACCUGACGUGCCAGGCCGUGGGGCCGCCGGAGCCGGUGAGCAUCUUCUGGUUCCGCAACAACGUCCGCCUCAACGAGCAGCCCCUCGUGUCCCCGUCCGUGCUGACCGUGCCAGGAAUCAACGAGACGACGCUGUUCAGCUGCGAGGCCCACAACAGCAAAGGGCUCACGGCGUCCAGCCCCGGCCAGGUCAACGUCAAAGGAAUCCCAUCUGCGCCCGUCAGCGUGCGUGUCCUCAACAGGACGGCCCACGGCAUCGGGAUCUCCUGGGAGCCGGGCUUUGAUGCCUUCUCUGCCUUCAACAGCUGCAGGGUCCAGGUGGAGGAAGCCGUUCCACGAGGCAACGUCUCCCUUCUGCUCUUCAGCACGUCGGUGCCCCCCCACGGGUACCACAUCCAGCAGCUGGAGCCCAUGGAGAGCUACAACAUCCGCGUUUCCUGCAGGAAUGAGGUCGGCUGGUCGCCGUUCGGCCCCUGGAUAUCCGCCAGCACCACCGAGGGAGCUCCGACCAUGCCGCCGCUGAACGUCACGGUGUCCUUCAAUGAAUCCAGCUCCUCGCUGGAGAUCCGGUGGGUGAAGCCACCCCUGGGCAGGAUCCACGGGGAGCUCCAGGGAUAUCACGUCCAGUACAGGUGGCAGAGCUCCAAGGGGAUGCAGGACGUCUCUGCCGAGGUGUGGCUGAACUCCAGCGUGGCCGUGCUGCCCGUGGUGGCCACCAACGCCACCUGCUCCGUCCGCGUGGCCGCCGUCACCAAGGGAGGGGUGGGACCCUUCAGCGUUCCUGUGGACAUCUUCAUCCCCAGCACUGGAUUAAUAACCUCAGCCCCAUCUUUGACUCCAGCCUCUGGGAACGCCGACUCCUUUGUCGUGGCCCUGGGCUUUAUCUGCGGGACCGUCGCUGUCGGGCUCAUCCUCUGCUUGUCCGUGGUCAUCCAGAAACGAUGUGUGGAAACAAAAUAUGGGAAUGCUCUCAGUGGGAACGACUUGGAGCUGGCGGUGAGCUACACGGCCAAGAAGUCCUACUGCCGGAGAGCCGUGGAGCUCACGCUGGGAAGCCUGGGAGUCAGCAGGGAACUCCAGCAGAAGCUGCAGGAUGUGGUCGUGGACAGAAAUGCCCUGAGCCUGGGGAAGGUCCUGGGAGAGGGGGAGUUCGGAUCAGUGAUGGAGGGACGCCUCAGCCAGCCCGAAGGUGUCCCACAGAAGGUGGCUGUGAAGACCAUGAAGUUGGAUAACUUUUCCCAGAGGGAGAUAGAGGAGUUCCUCAGUGAAGCAGCAUGCAUGAAGGACUUUGACCAUCCCAAUGUCAUCAAGCUCCUGGGAGUGUGCAUCGAGCUGAGCUCCCAGCAGAUCCCCAAGCCAAUGGUGAUCCUGCCAUUCAUGAAAUAUGGGGACCUGCACAGCUUCCUGCUCCGCUCCCGGCUGGAGAUGGCCCCCCAGUUCGUGCCCCUGCAGACGCUGGUGAAGUUCAUGGUGGACAUCGCCCUGGGGAUGGAGUAUCUGAGCAGCAGGAACUUCCUGCACAGGGACCUGGCGGCUCGGAACUGCAUGCUGCGGGAUGACAUGACGGUGUGCGUGGCAGACUUUGGCUUGUCCAAGAAGAUCUACAGCGGGGAUUACUACCGGCAGGGCCGGAUAGCCAAGAUGCCGGUGAAGUGGAUCGCCAUCGAGUCCCUGGCCGACCGUGUCUACACCACCAAGAGCGACGUGUGGGCCUUUGGCGUCACGAUGUGGGAGAUCGCGACGCGAGGGAUGACGCCCUACCCGGGGGUGCAGAACCACGAGAUCUACGAGUUCCUCUUCCACGGGCAGCGCCUCAAGAAGCCCGAGGAUUGCUCGGACGAGCUGUACGAAGUCAUGUCUGCGUGCUGGAGAGCAGACCCUGCCACCCGCCCGACCUUUUCCCAGCUCAAGGUCCACCUGGAGAAGCUGCUGGAGAACCUGCCCAGCUCCAAGGGCUCCGGGGAGGCCAUCUACAUCAACACCAGCCUGCCCGAGCAGAGCCCGGACUCCACCCAGGAUUCGGGCUUCCCGCAGCGGGACGGGGCUCUGGAGCUCCAGCAGGACGAAACAUGA